AUGGCGUCACUUAUCGCAAAGCUUGUUACCAAAAAGAUCUUGGGAGAAACGGUCCAGAACAAAUUCGGAACUGAGGACCCUUACUUUGAGCAUAUUCCAGCUACUCGUCUAGAUGGAACGCCAACUGGUAAGGUGAAGAAGCGUAAGAAGGCGCUUCCGCCAGGCAUCUCCGACAAUGACGCCAAGGUCUUGAACAAGGUCAAGCGCCGAGCGUACCGCCUUGAUCUGGCUCUCUUCAGUUGCUGUGGCAUACGUUUCGGCUGGGGCAGUGUUUUGGGAUUUAUUCCUGCUGUUGGAGAUGUCUUGGACAUGCUGCUGUGCAUUCUGGUCAUGAAAACAUGCAUGAAGGUCGAUGGAGGACUACCAUCCUCUGUCAAAUCCAGAAUGAUGUUCAACAUCAUGAUCGAUUUCGUCAUUGGAAUCAUCCCGUUUGCUGGAGAUAUAGCUGAUGCAGCUUUCAAGGCGAAUACUCGCAAUGCCGCGCUCCUCGAAGCACAUUUGAGGGAAGUUGGACUCAAGAACCUAAAGAAGAGCGGACUGCCAGUGCCAGCCGUCGAUCCUAGCGACCCCGAUGAGUUUGAUCGACUUCAAGCAAUGGAGCCGCCUGAGUAUGUUUCGAACCCACCAUCAAGGAACGCAUCCAUGUCGAACCGCCGUCAACACAGCCGCAGCCGAAGCCGAAGCGGAGAUCGCCGCCGUGAUGAUCGCCCCGUCGAGCCUGCACCAGCGCGUGUUCGCGAGAGCCGUAGAUACUUUGGCCGGAGCAAGGCCAGGCCAAAUGAUGUCGAGGCAGCUGAACCCGUACGCGCAUCUCGAGGCGAGAGAUCGCAGCGAAGAGACCGACACUAA